AUGACAUAUGAAGAUGAUAUUCGUUUAGCAAUAGAACUGUCUCUGCAGGAAAGAUCUCUGAACGAUAAACAACAAGCAUUGGAGUCUCCAAACAAUGUCGAAGAGAAUAACCAGCAAGCGAUAGCCCAAAGCUCCUCUGCUAAUAAUGCGAAUAUUUUGGGAUCCUUGCCAGAUAGAAAACAGCUCGAAAGAGAAAGGCUAGCUAGGAUCGAAAAGAGAAAGAACGAGAGUUUGGAACACGACAAUAAUGGGAAGAAAUUGAUAACCGAUACUGGUGCUACCGGUCGCAAUGACUUUGCAUCAGGACCUGUCUAUUUAGACGGAACAACUAAACUAAUAUACGUCUCUGGCUUCGAUGGAGACUACUUUCGUUUUGAGGAUCUCGUUCAAAAGACGGGUCUCAAAAAAGGAUUCUUCUCUGCAUACGUCUUUGAUUCAGAUUGGUUUUUUAGUCAUAUACCAAAUGGUGUGAACAUUGUGUUAGCCAUGCAUUGGUCCUCAAAUAAUGGUGAGAAGCAAGGAAUCUUUACUCUUCCAAAUUCCAAGUACAAUUUGACCAUCGUCCACCCUCCAAUGCCUCCGUCUGGAUUUGGUUGCUUUCAUCCUAAGCUGAUGUUGUUAUUUUACGAGAACUGGAUGCGAGUUGUGGUUUCAUCAGCCAACUUAGUGCCAUACGAUUGGGAUAUCAUGGAAAACAUAGCCUUCGUCCAAGACUUUCCUGUGUCUGGAAAUACUGUAUCUUCAAUUGAUGAACUACCAUCGUUUGCAAAAGAUCUGUACGGUUUCUUAACUGCUAUGAAAGUACCCGCUCAAGUUUGCGAGAAACUUAAAGAAUAUGAUUUCACACGCGCACAGGCUAUCCUCGUUCCUUCAGUAGCUGGGACACAUCGAAGUUCAAAUAAGAUAAAGGCAUACGGUCAUACGCGGUUAGCAGAAGCCGUUAGGAGACUCUGCGGUACGUUGGAUGAUGUGCAACUUGAAUGUCAGACAUCUUCGCUAGGAGCUCUCCAUCAGCGAUUCCUGGAAGACUUUUACCGUUCAGCAAGUGGACUCGACCCUAUUCAGCGAAGUCUUGGGAGGAAAAAGGAAACGAGUGUGACACCCAAAAUUGCUGUCGGUUUCCCAUCACUGAAGACAGUGAACGAGUCAAGAUAUGGACCAUCGGGCGCGGGGACAAUAUUUUUUUCCAGAAAAAACUAUGAAAAAAGCACAUUUCCGAAAUACGUUCUUCAUGAUUCCGUUUCUCGAAGGCGCGGAACGCUAAUGCAUUUAAAACUUAUACUAGCAUACCCAAGCCAAAUAGAGCGGCAGCCAGAAUCUCCGGAUUACGACAACCAAUCGACUGAUGCAGCGUCUGCAAAAAGUAGAGUUACAGGAUGGUAUUAUUGUGGUAGUCAUAACUUUACAAUGGCUGCCUGGGGCCAACUUACUACAUCUCGCGAGACCAAACAACCACAAUUGACUAUAAACAAUUGGGAACUCGGGGUAGUACUGCCUAUAAAGGAGGAUAAUAAUGUAAAUGAUAGUGGCGAUCGGUUUCUGAACAGUGGUGUGCCUAUACCAUUUGAAAGACCACUUCGAAAGUAUUCGGCGACGGAUGAGCCUUGGGUCCCUGAUCCACCAAAACAUUUUGUAAACGAUCCAAAUGAAAUUGUGGUAGAAGCGCUUCGUGGUCUGUGCUUGACCCGUCCAUACUUGCGAUUGAUUGAGAGAGAAAAGGUCGUAUACAGAGCAGAUAUCGACACAAUUAGAGCUAAGCAAGUUACACUUAUUUCGGGUGGUGGAGCGGGCCAUGAACCAGCACAUGCGGGAUUUGUUGGAGCAAAUCUUCUAUCAGCAGCAGUCUCUGGCAAUGUCUUUGCUUCUCCGUCAGCGUCACAAAUCCUAGCUGCUAUUCGUCGCGUCCAAUCACCCCAUGGAACGUUGCUUAUAGUCAAGAAUUACACAGGUGAUUGUUUGAAUUUCGGCCUCGCGGCCGAACGAGCGAAAGCAGAAGGCAUCAAAGUCGAUAUGAUAAUUGUCGGGGACGAUGUCGGCGUUGGAAGGAAGAAUGAUGGACUCGUAGGGAGACGCGGUCUAGCGGGAACUGUAUUGGUACAUAAAGUUGCAGGAGCCGUUGCAGCGAAUGGGGCUACCCUGGAAAAAGUCAAAGCCGCGGCGAGAACGGUCAUUGAAAAUCUGGGCACAGUUGGGGUUGCAUUCGAUCGUUGUACUAUUCCUGGGUCAGAUAACAAGUCUUUGUUACCCGCGAAUCAAAUCGAAUUGGGUUUAGGAAUUCAUGGUGAACCAGGAAGCAGCCGAACAUCUUUAUUACCUUCCCGAGAACUUGUACGACGGAUGUUGGAAAUGAUUAUUUCAAAAACAGAUCCCGAUCGAUCAUACCUGGAUGUCCAGGAAAACAGAGAUUCGGUUGUGCUGUUGGUCAACAAUCUCGGGGCUACAUCUGGUCUUGAAUGUGGCGUUGUGUUGAACGAUGCUCUUUUAUACUUGAAUGAGAGAGGAUUAGAUGUGAAGAGAAGCUUCACUGGGUCUUUUAUGACAUCUUUAAAUAUGCCGGGAGUUUCCUUGACUAUUCUUAAACUACCGCAAGAUGAAGACCUGAUCAAGUACAUUGAUAAACCCGUGGAUGCACCAGAGUGGAUGAAUUACGUGACGGCAGAUAUCUCCCAACUUGAUGUAGAGCUAGAUGAGAAAGUGUCUGAUUCGACCCACGUGCCAAUCUACCAACAUAAAGUCAUUGUUGACCCGUCGCUCUUUGAAAGAACCAUCAGGUCUGCUUGUGAAUCAGCUAUCAAGCACGAACCUGAAAUAACGGCUGCUGACACGAUUGCCGGUGAUGGAGACUGCGGGAUUACUAUAGCAAAUGGCGCAAAAGGUGCAACGGUCAAUUCAGCUGUGCUCGCGGCUCUUGAGAAGAAUGAAAUAGAUUCAAGUGAUUGUUCUAGGGCGUUACUUCAAAUUAGCAAUAUAUUGGAAAACACGAUGGGUGGAACCAGUGGUGCAUUGUAUUGGUACGCUAAUUAUAUCUUGCCUCGCGAGUUGAGACAUAGUGUUGAAACGCGUAAAAAUGCAGGAAAUGCAGUGGCUGAUGCCCAGUGCUGGGUUGAAUCUUUAAAGAAAGCGCUUAAUGACCUCGAGUCUUACACGCCAGCACGAGAAGGAGAUCGUACGUUGAUGGAUGCGCUUAUACCCUUUGUCACGUCAUUUUCACAUGCAGUUUCGGCCGACUCUAAUAUUAGAAUGGCGUUAGCUAAGGCUGCUGAGACGGCGAGCCAGGGAGCUCAGAAUACGAGAAAUCUGCGGGCACGAUUAGGCAGGGCUUCUUACUUGGAUUCGGAAACCAUCAGAACUGCUGGAAUAGUUGAUGCAGGAGCCCUGGCUGUUACCAAGAUUGUCGAUGGAAUAGUGAAAGUAUUGACUGCAUGA